AUGUUAAAGUCAGUAAGCAAAUUACCCAGCAAUGCCAAUGUUGCAGUCAUUGGAGGUGGAUUUACAGGCUUAACCUUUACGUAUUUUUUAAAUAAGUUACGGCCAGACGUUAAAAUUACAAUAUUUGAGGGUCAAAAUAGAACUGGAGGUUGGAUCGAAUCUAAAAGAUUACAAUUAAAUGACAAUGAUAAUAAUGUGAUUCGAUUCGAAAAAGGCCCUCGUACUUUAAGAGGUGUUUCUGACGGUACUGUAUUGAUGGUUGACAUGUUAGAAGAGAUUGGCAAAGAUACUGAAGCUCAAUUGUACCAUAUAAGUAAGAAUGCAAAAGCUAAUAAACAAUUUUUAUUAGAUACCAAUAACCGAUUAAUUCAAGUGCCAAAUUCGUUAAAGACAUUAUUGAAAUUCUCUUUUAAUCCAUUGGGGAAAGGACUUUAUAAAAGCCUUAUUGGUGAAUGGAAAAGAAAUGGACCCGCCAACCCACAGAUGGAUGAAAGCGUGGCUAGUCUAUUGACAAGAAGGUUUGGUAGUGAUCAAAUAAGUAAGAAUAUCAUGAGUGCAUUAUAUAGAGGGAUUUAUGCAGGCGAUGUAAAGGCUUUAAGUGCACAAAGGACUUGUAAUCGAAUGUUUUUAAAUGAUCGUAAGUACGGAUCAUUUACUAAAGCUAUAUGGAACAAUAUCUUCCACAAGAAGUCAAAAAAAGAAAUAGAUCCAUCGAACUCACCAUUAUUAAACCCAAGAUUAAGUAUUUACCAGAAGGCGUUUCAUCGUGAUAAAACAAAGAUUCAUGAGUUAGCUAAUACAUUAAAAAACUACCCAUUACUAGGUUUCAAAAAUGGUAUUGAAACUUUUCCCAAAUUAGUUCGUCAGUAUCUAGAAAAAUCAUCAAAUGUUAAUAUCCACUGUGGUAACCCAGUUUCAUCUGUAAUAAAGAAUAAGAAAGAUAUGAAUAAACUGAUAGUAGAAUUACAAGAUGGUAAACUGUAUGAUACUUUUGAUCAUGUUCGUUUUACUAUCAACCCUGAAGCUAUUGGCCAAAUUAUGAAUAAACAAGAUGUAAGUUUAUCAAAGGAGUUAUCAAAAGUUAAUUCAAGUACUACUGUUGUUGUCAGUUAUUAUCUACCAAAUAAAAAUGUGAUUAAAAAGGAGUAUGAAGGAUUUGGGUUUCUAGUUCCAUCAUCAACUGAUAAAAGUAAUUUGGGAAAAGUCUUAGGGGUUGUAUUUGAUUCAUGUGUGGAACACAGUUUUAAACCGCUAGCAUUAAAUAAGUUCUUUGAUGAUAACAAGACAACUCAAACUGAAAUCAGAGAAAAAGCUAAAGAAUAUACAAAAUUAACUAUUAUGUUAGGUGGAUAUAUGUUGAAAAAUAAGGAUGAUCCAUUAUUCGAUAGAUCUAAAGCUAUUGACAUAGCCAAAAAAACUUUGCAUAAUGUAAUGGAUAUUUCUGAAAAAGACCUUGACCAAGGAUUAUGGGAUUAUUCAGUUGCAACCAAUUCAUUACCACAAUACUUUGUAGGUUAUGAUGAUUGGCAAAAGGAUGUCGAAAAAAAGUUCAAGGACAAUUUUGAUAACCAAGUAUCUCUGGGUGGUAUGGGGUUUGCAAGAACCCCUAGUCUGUCAGAUUUGGUUCUAAAUAAUUGCCAAGCUUCUAUCGACCUAUCUUGA